AUGACGGAUUCCUUGUCUAAUCAGAGGUUCAGGAAGCUCCAACUGCUUCAGGAACGACUCCCCAUCCUCCAAUGUGAAGAUCCAGAUGUUCAACCUCUGAAGCGCAGCAGCAGCUAUGAAUGGCUGCCACCUGACAUGUCUGAGCUGAGGGUUGUUCUGCUGGGGAACAGCUGGUCUGAGAGGAGUUCAGUGGGGAACUUCAUACUGGGAGAGACUGAGUUCAACACUGAGGAAGAACCAGAUCACUGUCUGAGAGUCAGAGGACGGAUGAAAGAGAAAGAAAUAGUUCUGAUCAACACUCCAGAUCUGCUGCUCCCCAACAUCUCUGAAGACAAACUAAGAGAACAUGUAGAAAACUGUGAGAGACUCUCUGAUCCUGGACCUCAUGUGUUCCUGCUGGUUCUACAGCCUGAAGACUUCACUGAGGAACUCAAAGUGAAGCUCUGCAGAGUCCUGAAACUCCUCAGUGAUCAAUCGUUUGAUCAUUCUCUGGUUCUGAUAUCAACACCCAGAGAGGAGCAGUCUGGUUUCAUGGAAAGAUAUAGGCAACACCCACCCUUAAAAGAGAUUAUCAGGAAAUGUAAAUACAGAUUCAUGUGGAGAAAAAACCUUGAGCAUCCAGAACUCUUAACACAGCUGGGUCAAGUUGUGAAAGAGAACUAUGGAAGGCAUGUUUGUCCAUAAAUGUUCCCACCAGGUAUGCAGGCCCACCAGAACCGUUCCACAAAAAUCACCAGAACAACACAGCUUGGGGACACAAACACUCUUCAGGAAAACUAAUCAGAACAACUGCUAACAUUAACCAAAAACAGGAAAACAGCCUCCUCACCACACUCAUCCAGGUCUCCCAAACAACCAGAUUACACAUCUCACUCACCAAACGGCUCCUACUGAUCCUGAAACCAGUCUCUGCACAUCAAGACAGAGACAAGAGAGGUGUAAAUGUAAUGAAUAAGCAUGUUUAUAUAUGAUAAGAGAUACUAUUGAAGAAUAACAAUAACUAAACUAAGCAAACAAAACAGCAGCUGUGUCAGUCAAGUUAGAGAGAACGAUCCAUGUUUAGGUGUUGUGUCUUUAUAGCUGGGACUCCACCAUGCUCAGGUGUGGUUCAUCAGCUGAUCAACAACCUGAAAGACAAAUCAGACAGCAAACAGGACACGCCCCCUAGUGGAAAGGAGCGGUCAUCACAAUAGCAACAUGUCAAUCGAUUUCUACAGUUAGUUAAAUGUGGAUCCAAACAAAAGUGAAAACACAAAGAAAAAAAUGUGUUCACUGAAUUUAAUGGUAAAUGUUCUUUUACUUUUUACUUCAUGUCCUUUUAUCACCUGUUUCAUUCUGCCACUGACUCUCUGCUGACUCCUCACUCACUGCUCUUAACCGUCCGGUCGGAGCCUCUAGUGAUGACACAGCUGAGUGCAUCUCCGACCCCCGGUCACUGAUCUGAGACCAGAGACACAGUGGAGGCAGACUGAGGUCACCUUUACACUUUUGAUUUGUUUUCUGUUUAUGUCUGACCCAUGACUGCACUGCUGCAGUUGUGAAAAGCAGACAAUGUUUGUUUUCUUUCUUGUUGAUUAAUCAAUUUUGUUUUGGUUAUUGAAUGACUGUAAAAACUGUGUAACUAACACACAACUAUGUAAUCCAGAUCACACUUGAAUCACACACAUUAUGGACAUUGAUUACUGUGGUUAGGAAUUUGGGUUAUUUUCGUCCCCAAUCGACAUUCUGUAUCAGAAGCAUUUUCUGAAUAUUAUCUGAAUUUUUGUUAUCGUGGCAUCUUUUGUGUUUUUAUUAGAGUUCAAGGUAAUCAUUAUCGUUGAGUAUUACUCUCAUGAGGAUUGGUGUGGAUUCUGUAUUAUAUGUACAGUUUACGUUAUCUAUCUGAGGCAAAGACAUGGAAACGUAUAUAACUGCAUUAUUCUUCAAGAUAAACAAUAUAUCAAUACUGACACAUAAAUAUAAUCAAACUAAUAUAGAUUCCUUCAAUGAUCUGCUCCUUAGUGAUGAAGCCUUAUGAAAGUCAAACAGCAUCAGCAAACUGCUGCUGAACUUAUUAACAGACAAACUAAACAUGAAUAUAAAACUGUUUGAUGUGAAAACACUCUAAACAUUAUGAUUGAAGCACCAGGAGCAUCAGCAAUGAAUGAUUUGCACAGUAAAAUGUGUCUUAUGAUUGACUGCUUGAUACUAUCACCAGUUUUACUGUGUCUUUGACUAGCAACACCUAUAAAAUGUAUUUUAUUUGGUGUAUCAGCUCCUUCACAAUAUUUCGAUGCAUACAACAUGAACACCAAGUAGUUUAACAGCUAUGUGAUGAUCUUCAGCUU